GUGCCAGCAACCACCAGCCUUUUCGGCUUCUUGACCUGCCCCGAGAGCUCUGAGACCUGAUAUACGAGUACAUGUUGUUCCCUUUUCCACUAAGGGAGUUCAUCGGCCAGGACAAGAUUUGCAUAGAAUCGACAUUACCCUAUUCUCGUUACUCUCCAAGGAGGACCGAGUAGUCAUGGGCGCACGGAUUCGGCCAAGAGCUCAAGAUCUUGCUGCCGAGCGCCAGAGGAUACCAGAGCUCAACAUUUUCCUAGCCAACAAACAAAUCUACAAAGAAGCGCAACCAAUAUUCUACAGUGUGAAUGAGUUCCAAUUCGGCGAGAUCUACUCUAGCGUGCAGAGCAUUGCCAUUGGUUUAGCCUUUCUCAUGGACAGACCUCUAGAGGCACUCCGCAAGAUACGUUAUAUCGGAUUUGCGAUAGAGGAAACAGUUCGGACGGAGGACAACGGUAGUCCAAAGGCGGUACUUACCAAUGAGAAUCAUGUCCAGCGGUUUUGUCAAAUCGUUAGCGAGGACACGGAAAUCAGGGACCUAAAACUUCAUAUUCGAACGUCUGGCUUCCAUCUGCAUGGUGCAUUGGAUUGGGCGUGGCCUGGAAGCACGAGACUAGAUCUCAACAUUGAGCCGGACUCUUCAAUUCCAGAUUGGGUGUGCAAGUUCCUGGACAUCAACAACCUCAAUUCGCUAGAAAUCGACUGGAGAUCAGAUAUUUCGCCCGUCGUAGGUCGAUCAAUUAACGCCAUACGGUCUAUGAGGGCGCAUAUGGUCAAGAACGGUCAAACCCUGAAGGACGAAGGUAUCAGGGUCCAAAUGAGGCAUGACUGA